CACAAGUGAGGAUAAUAAACAACUUGAGGACCACAUCGGGUGAAUCGAUACUUCUCUCCACCAUCCUCCACCUUUUCCUCCUUGUAUUCGCCGUGGACAGGCCGACAUGUCGUAAACAAGUGGAUCACCUCACUCCAUCGCUUCCUCCACCCGACCGUGAAGCCAAGCUCUUCUCUACCCGACUGCUGAGAGUUUCUCCCCUCUCUCACUCCGCUCCUCACCAUCAACCACGUCGUCUCGCUGGCCUCACCUCUCCUCUCCUCUGAGCGCCAACAAUCAUGGCCGCCACCGCCAGCCGCUCGCGCCGCGCCCUCCGCAUCCUAGGCUAUGCUGGCGCCGCCGGAGUCGUGGGCGCAGGAGGCCUUUACUUCGUCUAUCGCCCGCGCUCCGUUCCUGGUCUCGAAGCUGCCGCCGUUCCCCCUCCUACCUACGGUGAAGGCGGCGUUUUCAGCCCGCCGAAAUUCCCUCGCGAGAAGAGCAGAGAUGAGCAAAUUGCCGACUUGAAAGCCAGCGCUGGAGCGGCUUUCCAACAGGCCAAGGGCAAAGUCGUCAAUGCGUUGAGCGGAGAGUCGGAUGCGAAUGCUGCGGACGACAAUGCAUACGAUCUGUUGAUCAUCGGGGGUGGUGCGACGGGUACUGGAAUCGCAUUGGAUGCCGCAUCGAGAGGUCUCAAAGUCGCUCUCGUCGAGCGAGAUGAUUUCGCGGCCGGAACGAGCAGUAAGAGCACGAAGCUUGUACACGGUGGUGUGCGAUAUCUCGAAAAAGCUGUCUGGGAACUGGACUACAACCAAUACAAGCUCGUCAAGGAAGCUCUGCGUGAGCGGAGGUACUUCCUCGACACGGCGCCGCAUCUGUCGCAAUGGCUGCCAAUCAUGAUUCCUGUCAACAAGUGGUGGCAAGCGCCGUACUUUUGGGCGGGAACCAAGGCGUAUGAUUUUCUGGCUGGAUCGGAAAAUAUUGAGUCGUCCUACUUUUUGACUCGCAGCAAGGCGCUGGAUGCAUUCCCAAUGCUGAAGAGGGACAAUCUAUGGGGAGCCUUGGUAUACUACGACGGUGCUCACAACGACUCUCGGAUGAACGUCUCUCUCGCUAUGACUGCAGCUCUUUAUGGCGCCACUCUGGUCAACCACAUGGAGGUCACUGGGCUUGAAAAGGACGCCAAUGGCCGUCUCUGCGGUGCCAGAGUCAAGGAUCUCGUCCCGGAGCGAAACGGCGGCAAAGGCGAGGAGUUCACGAUCAAAGCCAAGGGAGUUAUCAACGCGACAGGACCUUUCACCGACGCCAUCCGCAAACUCGACGAACCUUCAGUCGAAGAAAUCGUCGCACCCUCCUCCGGCGUGCACGUAAUCCUACCCGGAUACUACUCUCCCUCAAACAUGGGCCUGAUCGACCCCAAGACCUCCGACGGCCGCGUCAUCUUCUUCCUCCCCUGGCAAGGCAACACCAUCGCCGGCACAACCGACGCCCCCUGCGACAUCGCCCAAAACCCCAUCGCCAAAGAAGAAGAAAUCUCCUGGAUCCUCAAAGAAGUCCAAAACUACCUGCAACCCGAAAUCAACGUCCGCCGCGGCGACGUCCUGGCAGCCUGGUCCGGCAUCCGCCCUCUCGUCCGCGACCCAAAACAAUCCAAAUCCGAAGGCCUCGUCCGCAACCACCUCCUCACCACCUCCGAGUCCGGCCUCGUCACCAUCAGCGGUGGUAAAUGGACUACCUACCGCCAAAUGGCCGAAGAAGCCGUCGACGAAUCUCUCAAAGAAUUCCACCUCUCCCCGCGCCCACACCCUACCGUCCCCCUCGUCUCCGGCGUCGAAGGUUUCUCCGACAACAUCACCCUCGACGGCACCUGCCAAACCCACGCGGUCCGCCUUAUUGGGGCUCACGGCUACUCGAAAACUCUCUUCAUCAACAUCAUCCAGCACUACGGCAUCGACACCGAAGUCGCAAAACACCUCGUCGAAUCCUACGGCGAUCGCGCCUGGACUGUCGCUGCCCUCUGCGCGCCGACCGAAUCCCGCUUCCCCGUCCGCGGCGAGCGCAUCUCGGAAUUAUACCCGUACGUCGACGGCGAAGUGCGCUACGCCGUGCGGCACGAGUACGCUCAAUCCGCAGUGGACGUCAUCGCGCGACGAACCCGGCUGGCAUUCCUCAACGCUCAGGCCGCGCUCGAAGCCCUUCCCAGAGUCAUCGAUCUCAUGGGCGAGGAACUCAAGUGGAGCAAGACGCGCAAAGAAAACGAGUGGAAAGACAGCGUCAAAUUCCUCGAGUCAAUGGGUCUUCCCAAAAGCAAGUUGACGUUGACGAGAAAGCAGGUGGAGAGUGGGGAUGUGGGCAAGUACACGGACGAGGAGUUUGCGUUGUAUGCGAGGCACGAUGGGCCCGGGGAGGUGUUGGAUACGGAUGUGAGGGAUGUGAGUAAGGCGAAGGGAAAUCCGGGGAUUCAGAGGGAUAGUCCGGCGAAUAAUUAG